CAGUAAAUGUUACGUUUUAAAUAAUAUCAUAAUUAGAGCCUAUUGUUAAAGAAAUUUACUGGAACUACUUUUACCGGAACUAGUUUUAUUGCGUUUAUGAUAAAAGCUUAGUGUAAGCCACUACACCUACAUAAAAAUGGCGAUUAACGUAUCUAUUUGGAUGUGGCAUCGUCACCUUUUGGUAGAAGUAUAGCAACGGCAAUUUUUUUUUAUGUUGAAAUACGCACAUUACCGACGAAUUUCUGUGAAAAUACGGGGCAACAAGCAUGGAUUUGUUCGGUAGAAUCGGUUGGCUGGCAGAAGCGGUUGUGGCUCGGACUCUCAACCUUGAGGUCAGGGGUUCAAACUUUCGCUGUGCAAAUCGCUUGUGUCCUUAGGCAAGACACUUUAUCUACGUUUGCCUCUCUCCACCCAGGUGUAUAAAUGUGUACCGGCAUAUGCUGGGAAGGUAAAACAGACUGGAGUGCGGGAGGAGUGGCGAACCCCCCACAGCCUUGCACAGUCUGGCCCAAACGCUAAAGUGCCGAAACCUACCUGUGAAUUGUGCAAUAUUGAUGAAAUUUUCAAACGGAAACAUCAAUGUGGAAAAUGUUUAAACUGGCCUCUGGGCGUCAAGACUUAACAGAUGAGAUCGAUAUUGAUUGGGGAAGAGUGAAAUGCACAGCAAGAGAAAAAGAUUGAUUUGGCGUCGAUAUCAUGAAAAAUUUGUCCAGCAGUGGACCGACAACUGAGAUGAUGAAGUCUUUGAAGGUUAUCAACGUGGUCGAGCUUUGAACCCUGAGGCAAACCCAGCCGCACAGGAAGAAUCUUAUUACCCACCCUUUGAUAAUUCCAUAUUUGGUUUUAUAAUUUUAUUAUUUUAACAUAAAUUUUAUUUUAAAAAUAAUUAACAUACUGUAUAUAGGCCUACAGAUACAUAUUGCAGUAAAAAAUUAGGCCAAUUAUAAAUAAGCAUAGGGCUAUAUUUAUUGAUCUAUAGGAAAAUACAGUUACAUAUUUAUUUAUUAAAACAGCUAACUUUUACGAAAACAAAAAUUUGCACAUAGGAUUAAUUUGGAAGUAGCUGUAACACAAAUUGAAUAAGCUACAGAAGUUUCUUGUUCAUUAUAUUCUGUUUCCUAACCGAGCGUCAUUGCGUCAGUGUGUUUAUCACGUGACCAACAACGUAGCAAAGAGUCUGGUGGUAUCUUUGACCGUAGCUUUUUUUGAGGUCGAGACAGUUGUAGAAAAUUUGCUCAACAAAGUAACGGAUUGAGAAAGUCAUUUUAACAGGUAACUCUUCUUCUGAAGAUGCUUGAAGAACCCGAUGAGAGAGUUUUUGUGGCAGAUUUUUCCAAUAAGGUGCAGCAGCUCUUUCUUCAUGUGCCAGGCCCAGUGGUGUUAUGUUGUACAGACAUCAGUUUGUCUGAUCCAGUGAAAAGUCUUAAAAAGUUUUUGCCUAAUGAACUACAGAAUAGAGCAAAUUUCUACACUGCAAGAAACAAAAAGUUGAAAACUGAAUUAUCAUUCUAUGAACAAGACUUGAAAAAUGAAUGCAAUAUUUUCAUUCGAUUCAAUGAGGGACUUGUCGGAGGGUCAGGUAACUUUCCACUGGAACCCUCUGGUGAUUACCUACAAGACGACAGUGUAUAUGCAGAAUAUCAGCCACUUGAAUUUACUGAGUUUCAUCCUGGGCAUGGAUAUCAAGGUGGUUACCAAUCACACCGACAUCAACCACCUAUUCUACAGAAUCCUGCUGUUCAUAUUAGGCAGCAAUUCCCUCCUGAGCCAUAUACUGUAAAUUAUCACCAAUAUAAUGAGAUACUUUACCCUGGUUAUGACCAAAAUGUAGAAGCAAACCUUCCUUCCUAUAAUCCUCGUAUGAGCUAUGUACCUACAGGAGGGCACACUUAUCGUGGUAGUAAAACAAAUUCAAGACAAAGAGGCAGAGGAGCUCAACUUAGGUAUCCUGGGCCAUCCCAAAAUCAGUUUCAUCGAAGUUCUUUACUACCCGCUUCAACAAUUCAUAGAACUCCAACUUCACCUGUUGAAAAGGAAUUCCAACAUAAUGCUGGUGCGCGUAGUCCUCCAAGACUAAAUUCUCAUAGUGUUGUAACUUCAAGUGAAACAAAAUCUGUGAUUGCAAGCAAUUCAGCUAUCAAUGUGGAGGGUAGUGGUAAUAUAACUAUAAAUACGAGAUCUGCCCAGGUGAUGUCAACCUCCCCAAAUACUCUGAAAUCAAAUGAAAAUGUUAUGAAAAUUUCAGAUGGUAAUGACAACACAGGUGUUUCAGGAGAAGCAGAUGCAAGUUGUGCUUCACUUGUACUAAGUGAUGAUAUUACACAACUUAAUGAUUAUUCAGAUGUUACCAUUUCUAAAUUGUCAAUAAAGAAAUCUGAUCUUGACAAUCCGGCGGAAUCCUCUAUCUCAAGAAGUAGUAUCAGCAGCAGCAGCAAAGUAUUUAGUCCAGGACUUGCCAGUAGAGAUAUCGGUGAUACAUUCUCUGAGAGCCCAAGCAGUGCCACCUUUGCUAUUUCUGUUACUAAUGUGGAGAUUUCAAAAUCUCUGGCAGGUAAACCAGUAAUUCAAGCCUCUGAUAAAGAAUCUUCAGUGACUGAUGUAAUGAAUCAUGAAUUCAAACCUUUAACAACUGGAGAUUUUAUGUUGACCCUGAAAUGUAGACAGUUCUAUGAAAUACCAAGUGAAAUCUUGAGUGAUCACAGAUGCAAACAUACUACGAAGAUCAGCAUUUCUAGUAAUCGUUUGCGAGAAAUACCGAAGUAUUUAGAUAUUGACCACUUUCCAAGUAUGAAAAUUCUAGAUGCCUCUAAAAAUAAGCUGGUUGAUCUCCCAGCAAGCAUUGCUGAAUUUCUAGGAAUGGAAAACUUGGAUAUCUCGCAUAAUCAGUGUCGAAUAUUUCCAGAUGUAAUUAGCAAAUUGAAACGUCUGAAAAUUCUAAAAGUCAACAACAACAGUAUUGAGUAUGUCCAAAAGGGAUUAGGUUUCUAUAACGAUUUGGAGAUCCUAAGACUUGAAGGCAACAAACUGACACAUAUUCCAGAAGAUAUUAAAUAUCUUCAAAGCCUUCAAUACUUAAACAUCUCAGAUAAUCGACUGGAUGACUUCCCUCAAGUCAUUUGUCAGUUGAAGAGUCUACAAUUCUUGUACAUGUCCUCAAAUAAAAUAAAGGAGGUACCACACUAUUUGUACAUGAAUGAGAGUCUUGAAGUGGUUCAAGUUGACAAAAAUCCGAUUAUUAAACCACCACCUGAUGUCCUUGCACGACCAAUCCAAGAGAUUCGCAGGUACUGCAAAGAAAUAGUUGCAGGAAGGUUUAAGGAUGACAGAAUUCUCAUUAUUGUUCAGGGAAGUUCUAAUUCUGGCAAAUCUAGUGUCUGCAGUGCUCUAUGUAGCGAUGUAACUCAAAGGGCGGUUAAACCCACAGAAGGAAUUGAAGAGCGGUCUGCAGUAAUCCGUGACAUCAAUGUCACAAUCCGUGACUUUAGUGGUGAUGCACAUUAUAAAGGUCUUACAGAAAUCUUCAUUGUACACAAUGCUUUGUACAUACUGACUGUUGAUCUGAAAGAGUAUAACACCAAUGUAGAUAAUCAGGAUUGGUUUGAAAUUAAUGUUUGGCACUACCUUAAGAAGAUUGGUGUAAGCCAGACAGUGUUCAUUGUAGGAACCCAUGCUGACCUACUUGAUGAAGGAUCUGUUGAAGGUUUGCUUGAGAGACUAAUAAAAAAGGCAGAAACAGCUCUGAAAAAUGAGAAUAAGUUGUUGCAUUUAAUGAAAGGAUCUGUCAACAAAACUAUUGACAGCUUUGAUCUGUUGAAAGAUGAGGUAACAAGAUGUCUUUUGGACAGAAGCCUAUUUCCAGAAAGAGGA